GCUUCUCCCAACUCACUUUGACUAACAUCACGGAGAAUGACGUUUAUCGCAGUGUGGGAGGCGACACUUGGUUUCAAAAUGGCCUGCCUUGCUGCAGCAAAUGCAGAAUUUGGCUUCGACUUAUUCAGAGAGAUGGAUAGUAGUCAAGGAAAUGGAAAUGUAUUCUUCUCUUCCCUGAGCAUCUUCACUGCCCUGACCCUAAUCCGUCUGGGUGCUCGAGGUGACUGUGCACGUCAGAUUGACAAGACACUGCAUUUUAACACCCCAUCAAGACAAGGAAACUCAUCCAACAAUCAGCCAGGACUGCAGAAUCAAUUGAAAAGAGUUCUUGCUGACAUAAACUCAUCUCAUAAGGAUUAUGAACUCAGCAUUGUCAAUGGAAUUUUUGCAGAAAAGGUGUUUGACUUUCAUAAGAACUACAUGGAGUGUGCUGAAAGCUUAUACAAUGCUAAAGUGGAAAGAGUUGACUUCACAAACGAUAUACAGGAAACCAGAUUUAAAAUUAAUAAAUGGAUUGAAAAUGAGACACAUGGCAAAAUCAAGAAGGUGUUGGGCGAUAGCAGCCUCAGUUCGUCAGCUGUCAUGGUGCUGGUGAAUGCUGUUUACUUCAAAGGCAAAUGGAAAUCGGCCUUCAUCAAGAGUGAGACCCUCAGUUGCCGUUUUAGGUCUCCCACGUGUCAUGGAAAAGCAGUUAAUAUGAUGCAUCAAGAACGGAGGUUCAAUUUGUCUACCAUUCAGGAGCCACCAAUGAAGGUGCUUGAGCUCCAAUAUCAUGGUGACAUAAGCAUGUACAUCAUGCUGCCUGAGAAUGACCUAUCUGAAAUUGAAAACAAGCUGACUUUCCAGAAUCUAAUGGAAUGGACCAAUAGAAGGAAAAUGAAAUCUCAGUAUGUGGACGUGUUUCUCCCCCAGUUCAAGAUAGAGAAGGAUUAUGAAAUGACGCAUCACUUGAAAUCCCUAGGCUUGCAAGACAUCUUUGAUGAGUCCAGUGCAGAUCUCUCUGGAAUUGCCUCUGGAGGUCGUCUCUACGUAUCCAAGCUGAUGCACAAGUCAUUCAUAGAGGUGUCAGAGGAGGGCACCGAGGCCACUGCUGCCACAGAAAAUAACAUUGUUGAAAAGCAGCUUCCCGAGUCCACGGUGUUCAGAGCUGACCGCCCCUUUCUGUUUCUCAUCAGGAAGAAUGGCAUCAUCUUAUUUACUGGCAAAGUCUCUUGUCCUUGAAAUUCCAUUUGGUUUCUUAUAUAGUAGCAGGCAUCAAGAAGCAUCAUAAGUGAAUAGAAUUGUAAUUGGAAGUACACGGGGUUGCUUUGAUUUGUUUCAGUUCAUUGAUGGUCAGCAAACGAUACUGGUGACUUAACCCUUUCAAUACCUGGUUGAUAGUCUCAAUCCCUGCCCUCACCAUUACUACUCCCUUAUACUUCCCUUUGUCUAAUAUUAUUGGCUUUCUACCCAUGGUCUGCUCUACCA